AUGCUCCUCGAGGGAGCGCAAAGUCUGGAGACACUGAAGCUGCACGGGAAUGCGAUACAUCCCCAAAAUGACUUCCUACAAUGCUUUCGUCCUUCAUUGCCGAAGCUAUCCCGGCUCAGCUUAUUCGGGAUCACCGCUACGGAAAAACAUCUGAUCGACACUCUGCUGGCCUAUCGUGCCACUCUCGCGAGACUCGACCUAGUUAUGGUCUUGCUGGAUGAUAGCAAGACUGGGCAAUGGAUGGGCUCAUGGCAUCAAUUUCUCCGUAGGGUGCCCGAGAGUCUUCCUCACCUACGUGACAUUCGUCUGAGAUCUCUAUAUCAUCGUGUGCUAGGGCCUCGAGCGCGAGGGUCUCAAGGCGGAUUAGAACCGCUAUAUCUCAAAGCUGUCGAGCAUGCUAUCAAUAACGGCACUAAUAUUCCUCAACCGAUGCGGCAUAGUACUGCUACAUCCUGA